CUAGUACGGAGGCUAUGCUCUCGUCGCUGCUCUCUGACCCCAGUGGCAGUCCUUUCUUCCUUCACUGCGGUCUAGACUCACUCCCCCUCUCCGCCAGUCAGAGCGAGGCUCGCCGCCUGCCUGUGCUGCUUUUCCCGCGUGUCUCCGUCAGCUCGCCGGAGGGUCUCCCAGGGUCGAGGGUCCUGCCCCUGCCCGGCUCCGAGUGCCACCUCUUCGGCUAUCGACAUCUGCAUUCCCCGGCGUGCAUGGAGCAACAUCUUUAGAGAUAGUAUCUUGUCCUCCUCCUCGGCACUAUCAAGGGUUCUUCUUUUCCGUGUUUAAGUGGUGGUUCUGAAGGAUGCUGACUGCGUGGGUCGCUCCAGGGUCCUGGUGAAGUGUCUCUCUCAUGUGUGACGUGGAGAAAGAAUGGCCCACGGAAUGCCGUCACAAGGAAAAGUGACCAUCUCGGUGGACGAGUACAGCUCCAACCCCACACAGGCCUUCACCCACUACAACAUUAACCAGAGCCGCUUUCAACCGCCACACGUGCACAUGGUGGACCCCAUCUCAUACGACACUCCCAAGCCGGGUGGCCACACGCGUUUUGUGUGCGUGUCAGACACACACUCACGGACAGAUGGCAUCCAGAUGCCUUACGGGGACGUUCUCCUGCACACAGGGGACUUCACCGAGCUGGGCCUGCCCUCAGAGGUCAAGAAGUUUAACGACUGGUUAGGCAGCCUGCCAUAUGAGUUUAAAGUGGUGAUCGCUGGGAAUCAUGAGCUGACCUUCGAUAAGGAUUUCAUGACGGAGCUGGUCAAGCAGGAUUACUAUCGCUUUCCCUCCGUCUCCAAGUUGAAACCCGAGGACUUUGACAAUGUUCAGUCUCUCCUGACAAACUGUGUUUACCUGCAGGACUCGGAUGUCACUGUCAAGGGAUUUCGAAUAUACGGCGCACCAUGGUAAGCUCCUCAUGUCCUU